AUGUCAUUAAGCCCUCCAAGAGAGAGAAGCAAUGGCCAACCCAGGAGGAACUUCCAACUCUACUGGUGCUUCCAGUGCAAUCGCAUGGUUCGGUUCGCACCCGAUAACCCCUCCGAGAUCACGUGCCCGCGAUGCUUUGGCCAAUUCAUCUGCGAGUUAAACAUGCCAAGGCCAAGACUCGUCGUGGAUUUCACCGCCCACGAUCCUUCCCCAGAAGCGCGUUUGCUGGAAGCGCUUUCUCUCAUGCUGGACCCACCCAUCCGACGUCGCUUCGCCGACGAAGGCGAAAACGAAACCCAACGCCCACGCCCACGCCCACGCUGGGUUCACCGGCGGCCCCACACAGCAGAACCAGACCCAAUUGGCGAGAGAGUCAGUCCUAUCCCACGCGGUGUCGAUUCAAGAGACUACCUUUUCGGGCCAGGUCUGAACGAACUCAUAGACCAGUUGACGGAGAAUGACCGGCAGGGUCCGCCGCCGGUGCCGGAAAGUGCUAUCAACGCAAUCCCCACGGUGAAAAUAUUGAGCACGCAUUUGAAGGAGAAUUCUCAUUGCCCUGUUUGCCAAGAGGAAUUUGAAGUUGGUGGCGAAGCAAGGGAACUUCCAUGCAAGCAUAUAUACCAUUCUGAUUGCAUUGUUCCUUGGCUUAGGCUUCACAAUUCUUGCCCCGUUUGCCGGGUAGAGGUUCCGGUGGUGUCCGAUAAUGAAGAAGAAGAAGAGAGUAGUGAGGGUGGAGAAGGCAGGUUCAGGAGGUGCUUGAGGUGGACACGCCUUGCUUCUCUUUGGCCCUUUCAUGGAAGGUAUCAUCAUCGACGGGUUCAUCCUGGAGGUGGAAGAGGCAAUGUUGCUGCUGCUGAUUCUUCAAGGGGUGAUAAUUAA